GCGGAUCACGCUGCCUUGAGGUAGAGAGUUCGCUUCAUGUCACGCUGUUUACGGCGUCACGGCUGAGAGCGGAAAGGUGGGCGCAGAGUCCCAGAGGUCCGGCAAAGGGUGGCGCCCUAUACGCAUCUCAUCCAGCGGCUGGACACGCUGUGCGGCGACCCACAACGACACGGUCCGCUCCUGCAGUGAGCUUCACUUGGCUUCUUGUUGCAGCUCAUGAUUGUGACAUUCUCGGUGGGGACUGGCAACAUGUGCGCCUGGUUGGUGUGAAGUGUGACACAGCUUUGGGGUUUCAUUUCUCUCGGAUACGCCAAGUACCCGACGUUACGGCGCACCUUGUGUAUAAUAGAGAACCAUGAGCACUGUGGAGGAGGAACCGGAUCACAUGAUACCAUGAAGAAGGUCCUGCGCUGCCAGCUGCUGAGUGUUCUAGCAUUCCUAGCACUGCCAGCAGGACUGGUGUCAUCAGCACAGGAGCUGUCCCUCAGCCAGACAUCCCAGGACUCUGUCUCCAUGGCAGCCUCCCACAGAAGCCCCCUUUCUGCCCCUGAACCUCCCCGUCUGGACAUAAAUCCGGAAGGCUCCAGUAGCGGCGAAUGGUCAUCCAAAGGAGGCGAUCAACCCUCAAACAUUAUCCUCCCAACUGUCGCCCUCCACCCUUUUGCCUUGCUUCACACAACCCAAACUUCCAGCCAGGCUCAUGACCACCCUCCCAUUCAUGACAAAGAUACUGUCACCCCAAACACUGUGAGUGCUGAAAGUCACAUGAAUCAACCCCUGGAGCCGAGCUCGGAUAUAAACCAGGGCCACACGCACAAAUUGGUCAGGGUACCUCAAGUCCAUAGCCCAGUUACUGUCAGCACUAACCAGGCCAGCAGCAGCAGGCCUAAAUCUCCCAGCACAGCGGCCCCAAAUAUAGAUAUGGAAACUACUGCUAGAGGAGCUCCAAACCCCCUGAAUCUUCUGUCCAGCUCUGGAUCAGACAGAGGAGAUACGCUCGCCGCACACCACGUAGAGCCUCAGAAGUUGAGCGUAAAAGAACCCACCGACCCCACCCGGCAACAUGUGGAAGAUGUCGAGCGCCCCUCCCUUUCCUCUUCAUCGAUGAAUGCUGACCCUGCGCCAGGCCUGAAACUCAGGGAGCAUGCUCAGGGCGCCGCACACCACGCCAUCACCCUGCGGGAGGUGCUUGCAGUAAACGAGCCCCCCACUGAUCAACUAGUGAUAGAGCAAGGGUCUGUCACUCCAGUCAAGAGCCCAUCUGAGAAUCUAACUUCCACCACGUCCACUCCAGCGCUGUCCACCGAGCCCGGCAUCAAGACACAGAAUCCAACAAUCCUCCCAAACAGCCACACUGCACCCCACGAGACCACCACAGAGGAGGGUCGUGGGAACGGUACAGACAAUGCCUCGCUGGGACACUGGUUGGGGAAUGUGACUUCAUAUGGAGGGCUGCUCUCUGACAGCAGCUCAGUCAAGGAUGCUCAUGCUCAGGGGAACAGCUCGGAGCUCCCUUCCACAGCCAGCAGGAACUUCCUGAACAGGCAGGUGCCUGUCACCACCCAGGACCCCUGGACCUCCAGCAACAGCUCAGGCCCCACCGUUGAAUCCCCGCUGUCCCGCAUGACCAUCUGCUUGAGCAGGAUGGAUAUUGUGUGGAUCGUGCUGGCCAUCAGUGUGCCUGUGUCUUCAUGCUCUGUGCUUUUGACCGUGUGCUGUAUGAGGAGGAAGAAGAAGUCAUCAAGUCAGGAGAACAACCUCAGCUACUGGAACAAUGCCAUCACCAUGGACUACUUCAGCAGGCACGCUGUGGAGCUGCCCAGAGAGAUACACACUCUGGAGAGUGAGGAGAGAGACGCUGAGGAUCACGACACCUGUCUACCCCCUAACGGAGACUACAGCGGCAGCAGCGUGGUCCUGGUUAACCCUUUCUGCCAGGAGACCCUCUUCAUCAACAGAGACAAAGCUUCUGCCAUCUAGAGACAGAACAAAAGAGACACUGUCGGAUUCUCCUAUUCUACUCCCCCUGCUGUUGUCUAUUUUAUAAAUGUGGUAAAUAUUCAGAGACUUUAACUUUAUACUGUAUAUGACAAACACAAAGAGGCAACCUGAAAGAGAAGUGAUGUAAACAGACAGUAUUUACUAUGAGGAUGCACCUGCAUAUUUUUCUGAUGUACAUUUUCUACAAAAGGCUUAAUUGUGAUAAAAGGUUUUUAUUGUCUUUAUAAAAUACAGAGUAUAUGUGGUUUUGUUUCAUUACAGUGGCUUGAUGGUGAGUGCACUGUGGAUGUUGCCACAUUAAAUCUGCUUUAGAGAAAGAAACUUGCUAUGAAAACAAUGCUGUUACUUGUAAUUUUAUUUUUCCUUUUAGAAUCAAUGGCAAAAUACUUAUGGCCUGUUGAACUUGAAUAUAGCACCUACUUUCUUGGGGGGGGGGAUACAGAUAUACUGUAUGUGAGAUCAGGGCCCAUAUUUAUCAAACUUAGAAAUACACUUAAGAAUGAUCCAAAUAGCAAACUUAGGAGUAAAUAAGUUCUUCUAAAAUUGGAGACAUUUAUCAAGCGACUUGAAGCAAAGUGUAAGAGUAACCUUUAAGAGCAGCUCUCAAGUGAUUGAUGAUUAACCACAUUAUUGUUUUGAGAUGGAAUAGCCAAUCAGAGACAGGGAUUUACUCUACUGUACAUCAGCCCUAUUGUUCUUUUACAUUUACUCAAUGAUGGUAUUCUGCAAAAAACGCGUGAUUUAAAUUUUUAAAAGAUUUCCAUUAUUUGAAAUCCUUAAUAUCUCCAGAAUCAAUUACAAUAUGAAAUGAACAACAAUAAAAUAUGUUUGUAAUACAUCAUUAAUGAUAAUACAUUUUAUUUACAGUGCACUUCUGGAGACUUGAUGAAUUACGUGAGUAAAAUAAAACCGAGAAAACUAAAACACAAUGCAACAGCAGAAUUGAGCAGAACAAAA